UCUCUAUCUCUCUCUCUAAUUUUAAUUGCUAUUAACUAAUUAAUUAAUAAUCAAUCAAUAAUGCAUAAUUAAAGUUGCUUUUUUAAAAAAUCUUUUCAUUAAUUGCUUGGCUCUCUCCUUCGCCAAUUUUAAGAGAACUAUUCAUUUCUCUUCGCCAUGGUGUGAGAGCUCCUCUUUUUUUUUUUUUGGGUUUAAUUUUGUGGGGGUUAAUUUUGUUAAUUAACAGACUCGAGGAAAUGAUCACAACCUGUUUGUCGAAUUGCCGAAGAAGCAAAUGCUAGAGACGGCAGUCAGAAUUCGGUAGCUGCCGAUUGCCAGAGUUUUUAGUCGAAUCCGAGCUAUCAACCAUGGUGCUGGGCCUCCGAUCCAAGACCAAGAAAGGAGCCGCCGCGAUUCAUGUCAACUACAUCAUCCACCUCCUAGAAAUCAAGCCAUGGCCGGCCUCCAAAUCGCUCAAGUCCCUCCGCCCUGUGGCCAUCAGAUGGGAGAACGGGGACCGCUCUGGUUCGACCAAUGCGCUUGCCCCCUCGCUCGGAUCGAAUUCAGAGGAAUGGAAGAUUGAAUUCAAUGAGUCUUUUAUGCUCCAAGUCAGUUUUUCAAGGGAUGGCAUGGCACAAGGUUUCAACUCCGGACCGUUCCAAAAGAACGUGCUGGAGUUGAACUUGUAUGAGACGAAGAAGGACAAGCCAAAGGGGCAGCUUUUAGGGGGUGCGGUUGUCGACUUGGCGAAGCACGGAAUCGUCAAGGAAGUUGUGAGUCUCAGUGCGCCUAUCAGCUUCAAGAAGAGUACUAAGAAUUUACAGCCAGUACUUCACUUGAAGAUCGAACCGUUCGACAGGGAUGGGUUGGUGUCGAUGAAUGGGGAGAAUGCCGAAGAAGAGGAGAUUGCCGCCUUCUCUGAUGAUGAUGAUGAUGAUGAUGAUGAUAAGUCUUCACUCUCAUCGGCAGCUGCAUCGUCUUCUGCUUUAGGUCGGAAUUCAGUUCAAAGCAGCAGUCGAGAGCUAAUCAAGGAACUAAAGGAAAGCAAUGGAGUGGGAAAUGAAAGAAUGAGCUUUACAGCUAAUCCUGAGAGCUUGGAAAUAGAUAACAGUUCGAAGAUGGAGAAGCUGCAGCUUGCCGGUAGUACCGAAUCUGGCUACUUGGUUGGCCAGGAUGAGAAGAAUCAAAAUAAAAUAAAUGGGUCAGUGGAAGUGGAUAGCAGUUAUGGUGCCGAGUAUGAUUUCCUGGAGACAUAUAUAAAGGAGAAGCAGUUAGCAAAAGAAUCGGAAGUAAAAACUGAAGAAGCACAAAGCCAGUCAAUUGUCUCAGGUGCAAGUUUAGAACUAAACCCUGUCCCUCAACAGCCAAGUCUAAGAAUUGCUCGUAAAAUGUCGUUCGCUUAUGGUAUGAGCAGCUCUAACCAGAGAUUUCUAGGUAUAAGGACUUUCAGCACUCUAAGUAAUCAUAGAACAAAGAGCAUUAAGCUCCCUCAAAUGAAAACUCCUUUGGAAUCCACUAGAAGCACCAUGGACGAUAAACCAAGUGAUCAGGAUAAAGAAGAGGUGAAGGAGGUUGAUGUUCAAGAAGAUGUUCAUGAUGACGAAGUAACCCCUGGUCUAGAGGAUGCUCAAGAAGAAAAAAUAAGAGAUGUUGCGACAAUAAACAGGAAUAGUGUUUACAGAAACAAGGUUCGGGAGCUAGAGCAAAGAGUUGAGCUGCUCGAAGGGGAGCUUAGAGAAGCUGCUGCUACUGAGAUAAGCCUUUACUCCAUAGUUGCAGAGCAUGGAAGCUCAUCACACAAGGUCCAUACACCAGCUAGACGGCUUUCGAGGCUUUAUCUCCAUGUUUGGAAACAUGGGUCGAAAACAAGGAGGGCUAGUGCGGCCAGAAGUGCUUCCUCUGGGCUUGUUCUAGUUGCAAAAUCUUGCGGGAAUGAUGUUCCAAGGUUGACAUUCUGGCUGUCAAAUUCAGUUGUAUUGAGAACAAUUAUCACUCAAACAACCAGAGAAUCAGACAAUGCUGGAAAUAAUGAUCCUUCUGCUGCAGAAAAGGAUCCUGGAACUAUACCGAAGCGGAAAUCUUCUGCAUUAUGGAAUUCUGUUUAUCGCAAAAAAGCGAAAUUGCUUGCAACUCGGUGGGAAGAUCCAGAGACCUUCAUAUCUGCGCUAGAAAAGAUCGAAAGCUGGUUAUUUUCUCGGAUUGCUGAGUCUAUCUGGUGGCAGACUUUGAUGGUACACAUGCAGUCAACUUGUGAGAGUAAAAAAUCAAAGGUGGGUUCAAUUGGAAAGAAAAGCUAUGUGAGGCCGCCAACUGUGGGUGACCAAAAGCAGGCAAAUUACUCCAUAGAAAUUUGGAAGAAAGCUUUUAAGGAUGCCUGUGAAAGGCUUUGCCCUGUGAGAGCAGCAGGACAUGAAUGUGGGUGCUUGCCUAUGCUAGCUAGAUUGGUAAUGGAACAAUGUGUCACAAGACUCGAUGUGGCUAUGUUUAAUGCUAUUUUACGAGAAUCAGAUGAUGAAAUGCCAACAGAUCCAGUAUCCGACCCUGUGAGUGAUCCCAAGGUGCUCCCUGUCCCGUCUGGAAAAUCAAGUUUCGGUGCUGGGAUUCAACUGAAAAACGCUAUUGGCAGCUGGUCAAGAUGGCUGACUGAUCUAUUUGGCAUGGAUGUUGAUGACUCCUCUCGAAAUGGAAAGGAGAAAAAUAAUGGCAGUCACAAUGUUGAUGAAUCCCAUAAACCUUUCCAUUUACUCAAUGCAUUGAGUGAUCUUCUUAUGCUCCCAAAAGAGAUGCUUUUGGAGAGGUCUGUCAGGAAAGAGGUAUGUCCAACAUUCAGUUCGUCAAUUAUCAAACGGAUCCUUGACAGCUUUGUAACAGAUGAAUUUUGUCCUGAUCCAAUAUCGGAGAGUGUGCUCGAAGCACUGGAAUCCGAGGACCAUUUGGAGGGCAACGAAGAGGGAAUAAGAAAUGUACCAUGCGGUGCAUCUCCUAUCAAUUAUUCUGCCCCUUCAAUCACUUCAGUUGAGAGCAUCGUCGGAGAACUCCGAAUUCCACCACUAAAGAAUGGAUCAUCAGUGGUUCGUAAAUCAUACACCAGCGACGACGAGCUCGAUGAGCUCGAUGCACCAUUGGCAUCGAUGAUCGAUAUGCCAAAAGCUUCGACGAUCAAGUCGAAAUGGAAGAGUGGUUUGCAGGCCCUUCGGUAUCAGCUUCUUCGUCAAGUUUGGAAAGACGACGAGUAGCUGUUUCCUUUACGUUUUUUUUUUGUUUUCCUACAUGGAUAUGUUCCUGCCGACUUUGCUAUUUGUAUGACCUCUCUUUCUUCAGAUGCAUCCUCUUGAGUUUCACGGAUGUCCCUUUUAUAGUUUGUUCUUGUAUAAAUGGCGAUUAUUGUUCCUAAUGUAACAAUAUUGAGUUUUGGCCAAAUCGAUUACUUGUAUCAUUA